AUGUCCUUCCUGUUUAGCUGGAUCUACAGUGGUUUCAGCAGUGUGCUGCAGUUUUUAGGUUUAUACAAGAAAAAUGGAAAAUUAGUAUUUUUAGGGUUGGAUAAUGCUGGGAAAACCACAUUGCUACAGAUGCUUAAAGAUGGCCGAAUGGGUCAAUAUGUUCCUACACUUCAUCCAACUUCAGAAGAAUUGACAAUUGCUGGAAUGACAUUCACUACCUUUGAUCUAGGUGGACAUGCACAAGCACGCAGAGUGUGGAAAAAUUACCUCCCUGCCAUUAAUGGCAUUGUGUUUCUCAUUGACUGUGCUGAUCAUGAUCGGCUUGCGGAAUCUAAAGUAGAACUUGAUGCACUACUUGCAGAUGAAACCAUUAGCAAUGUUCCAGUCCUGCUGCUGGGCAACAAGAUUGACAGACCAGAGGCCAUCAGUGAAGAAAGGCUACUGCACACUUUUGGACUUUAUGGGCAUACUACAGGGAAGGGGAAGGUACCACAGAAACAGCUAAACACCAGACCCAUUGAAGUGUUUAUGUGCAGCAUAUUGAAGAGACAAGGUUAUGGGGAAGGAUUUCGCUGGAUGUCACAGUAUAUCGAUUAA